AUGAAGCAUGAAUUUGAGAUGAGCAUGAUUGGUGAGCUGAACUACUUUCUUGGUCUCCAAGUCAAACAAACUGCUGAAGGUAUUUUCAUCUCCCAAUCCAAGUAUGCUAAGGAUUUGGUUAAACGUUUCGGCCUAGAUGGGAAGAGUUGUGCCCGAACUCCCAUGAGCACCAAUGUCAAGAUCAGUAGUGACCUAGCAGGGAAACCAGUUGAUCCAUCUCUAUACAGGAGUAUGAUAGGGAGUCUCUUAUAUUUCAUAGCCAGCCGACUAGAUAUUGCCUUUAGUGUGGGAGUUUGUGCUCGGAAACAAAUCUUGUUGUUACAGGAUAUUUUGAUGCAGACUGGGCUGGAAAUGCUGAUGAUAGAAAAAGCACCUCGGGAGGAUGCUUCUACGUGGGAAACAAUCUCUUAG